AGUGCUGUUUAGGAACGGUAAGCUUUCGGAUUUUGCCUCGAAUGGUACACCAUGGUAAACCUGAUCGAACCCCAUGAUUUUUUCACAGAUCUACAUGCCCCAGUGUCUAGUUUCAGAAACUGAAAACCGCAAGUCUGUAGCAUUCACCGUUAAAAAGUUAUAAGCGAAAUAUCGGAGUCCAUUAUAUUUUGAUACAGAUAGUAGUUAGUAGACAGUUAAGACUUUGGUGACAGACGAAAAUAACUUUAUUGAAAGGUUAACCCAAUGUAUGAAAGAGAAACUUAGUGUGUGCAUUUAGUCUUUCAUGAUUUCGCAUUUUUAUCUUUUAGGUACUGUCGUUUUUAUUCUUCAUCACAUUAUCUAAUUUAGUCUUUUUUCUGUUUUAGAGUCUCAGUCAUUUGUUGACGAACUAUUGUAUUCUUCUGCCCUUUGCUUUGAUGUUAUGGAUCUUUAUGCGGCAUCCGACAAUCGUUAUGGUCAUCCACUUGAAGCUGGAACAGCAUCAAUGGAAACAAUCACGGCGCUUGUCGUUGGUCCAUUAUGUAUUAUUUUGGCUUAUUCGAUUGUUAAUGGGAAGAGCUAUCGUUAUCCACUACAAAUAAUCGUAUGCACUUGCCAAAUAUACGGUUUGAUUUGGUUUAUCCUUCAACCAGAAUUUACCGAAGGUGGCCUCUAUUCAGUUGCGAGCAAAGAUCCAUUCUUAUUUUGGGUAUUAUUUGUUGGUUUUAAUUCACCAUGGGCCGCCUUCCCUCCGAUUCUACUAUUCAAAGCAUUUAAACAUACUGCUCAAUGUAUAUCCCGAAAUGAGAAACAAAAAUUAAAAUAA